AUGGACAUGAACAAAGACGACCACGUUUAUGAACAUGACGAGAUUGAUGAAGAUGAUGUUUUCUUUGCUGAGAUUCAAAGACAGAUUCUACUUUUAACAGCAGAUGACGACGAUCAUCAAGCUGCCGGAGCUGGUGUUAACAACCCAGGAUCAAGAAGAAAAGCUGUUGAGAAUCUCUCUUCUUCAUUCCACCAUGGAUGGUAUUUCAGCUGGCCAGAAACCGACUCAGUACCAACUUGGCUUGCUAAUCUAUGGAGAACUGGCAAUGGAACGGGAGUAUUCAUUCCCCACAUCACCAAAUCUACAAGACGCCACAGGCCAGGAAGGAAGGAUAGGCGAAAAGUUUACAGGCCAGUGGAGACCAAACAUUCAUGAACAAGCAAGAUGCAAAAUCAACUGCCUGGGAGUUCAACAUCGUGGUUCAUAAUAUCUUGUUUCUUGUAAAUAACUUCUGUGGAUCAUUUCCAUCAUUGAUUACAUUAGACAUUGUAAUAUAAAGAUAUAGCCAAUCCAGAGAAAAAUUGAUGCUAAUAUGAUAUGUGGAUGGUUAAAUACUUGGAAGCACUGAACUAUCUAAGUUAGCAUUGCACUUAAGGUGAUUACAAGAUGGUCAAAGUUUUGGAAGAUUUGCCUCACAUGUGAGAUUACUACACACAAUCACAAACACAUUUUGCUCAGAUCCUACUUAAUAUACAGCAAUCGUCUAAAUUACUGCCAUUUCCAUAGGCCAGUGAGUGUAAACCACAGCAACCAAAAUUUACAUUUCACAUUAUGCUUCACCAUCCAAGAAUCGUCAAU